AUGUCCCCUGGGAGCAAGGUGAAGAGUGAGUACAUGAAGCGCUACAAGGACCCCAGGUGGGACAUGUACGGGCCCUGUUACCGGGAGCUGCUGCAUUACCGUCUGAGCCGCCGACUGCUAGAGCAGGCGCACAAUCCCUGGUUUUGGGACGACUGGGGUCCGGCCAAUUCCUCGGACGACUCGUCGUCGUCGUCGGGCGGCGGGGGCUCUCUGUGUCCGGCGCCCCAGGGCGUCCCGGUCCCGCCGACCUCUCCGCCCAGGCCCUCGGCGCGGGAGGACCCGGACAAGCCUAAACGCAGCGCCGCUCUGGAGCUGGAGGCCUCGGAGGACACGGACGCCGGCGCCGCGAGUCCUUCAGAAUUGCCAGUGAGAGAAGUAGAAGAGCAAAUCAGAACAAAAGAAACUGAUCAACCGUCCAGUGGGGCGGAACCUCGACAACAACCAAGUGCCUUGUUCGCCAGAGAAAAUAAGAAAACAGCCCAAAGUCCUCCAAGAUCAUCAAGUAAAAUAAGAGAAAACAAGCAUCCCUUUGCUCUUUAUGGCUGGGGAGAAAAGCAGACAGACACAGGAAGCCAAAAAACUCACAAUGUCUGUGCUUCUGCCGCGGUGCAUGAGAUUCAUGAAUCAGCGCUCCGAGCCAAGAACAGAAGACAGGUGGAAAAAAGGAAACUGGUUGCUCAGAGGCAACGUGCCCAUUCUGUGGAUGUGGAUAAGAACCGAAUGCUAAAGCCUUGGUCCUCAGAUAAUCCAUGGAUGACUGAAUACAUGAGGUGCUACUCGGCCAGAGCCUAA